AUAAUUCGCAUGAAAAUUUCCUUUUCCGGUUUGCGUCCCGUGUGUGGUGCAAUAACAUCUCGUCAUGGUUCGUAUGAACGCCCUAGCCGAUGCUCUUAGGAGUUUAUGUAAUGCCGAAAAGCGAGGCAAACGUCAAGUAUUGAUCAGACCUUGCUCCAAAGUUGUUGUUCGAUUCCUUACUGUUAUGAUGAAACAUGGCUAUAUUGGCGAAUUUGAAGUAAUCGACGAUCAUCGAUCGGGAAAAAUUGUUGUUAAUUUGAAUGGAAGACUAAAUAAGUGUGGUGUGAUAUCACCGAGAUUUGACAUCCAAAUAAGGGAAAUUGAAAAAUGGACGACGAACCUCUUACCGUCUAGACAGUUUGGGUAUAUCGUUUUAACGACGUCGGGUGGUAUAAUGGAUCACGAAGAAGCUCGAAGAAAACAUCUCGGCGGCAAAAUUCUCGGCUUUUUCUUCUAAAAACAAUUUUUUUCCUUGAUAUGGAAUAAAAACAAUCGGAUUUUUGAAACUUAAAAAUUGUAGCGGUGCACACUGAUGUCAGAAAUGUGCUCACUGUAUGAAUGUUAAUCUAGCACUCAAUCUGAAUCUGAGCGUCCAUCAAAUAGUUCUAGACGAAGCUCUUUUAACAAACCUUUAGUUUGCGCGUAGUAUAGAAGAGCCGUGUGACAAAAAACAUAUUGAUCAGGCAUUUGGAUAGAGUGAGCUCUUUGAGUUCGUAUCCUUCUAACAGUCUCUCGAACGUCAACAUAUCCGGUAUGAUCUAAUUUGCUAGUCCCGAUGUCCAUACAUAUAAAUGUUCCAGUUCGUCCUAUUCCAGCAGAACAAUGCACAACUAUAGGUUUCCUACUAUCUCCUUGAGCCGCUCGAACUUGAUACAUAAAAUUAAGAAAGGCACCAGCCGGAGGUGUUCCAUAAUCAGGCCAAGACGUAAAUUGAAAAUGCGUUAUCAGCCGUUCUUCUUGACUUGGCAGAUACUUUAACCUCAACUUCGUAAUUGAAAAGUCUUUCUCUCUCUCAGCAUCUUCAUUUUGUAUUUCAAACUGAUCAUGAACAACAGAACCAGAUAGGGGCCAAUACUGACCACAUUUCAUUCUACCCCUUUCAACUACUUUUGUGGUCAUUACAAUCACAUGACUACCUUGUUCCCAGAUCAUUCUCCAAAAGUGCCCAAAAGUCUGAUUGAGAGGUCCUUGUGUGCUUAUGUACAUAGCAGAUUUUAGAUAACCAUCCACAAAAUUAGCAUUUAUAUAAUCGUCGUCAUAGCUGCAUGUUUUAAGUUUAACUCUUGUGGAAUCUAGACAAUGAACAUCGGUGUAACGAUUUUUUGAAAUGUUAGCGGCCUGCUUGGAAAUUUCAAAAGUCCCCUCCAUACGUUCCAUUCUUAUUUGUGAAUAUUGCUCAUGAAGCCCAGCCUCUUUUAGUUUAUUUACAUGGUCGAGCAGUUCGCGUGGCGACAUUCCUUCUUUAUUGGCAGUAUGAAUACUAUCCUCUUCGAAUAAUUCAUCCUUCUCCAGUUCUUCAUUGGAUUGUUUUUCAGUUAAUGAAGAAACAGAGCUAACUGAAGGUGUCCUGACACCAAACUUUUCUAAUUUCUCAUUUAUUAAAAGAGCGUCAGCUUCCGGAGAAUGUAUUCUAAAGCAAUCCAUUAGCCAUUGCAUGUGAUCAAUAGUAUGUUCACCUCCCAAACGAGUGGGCAGUGCAUUUACUGGAACGUGUUGAUUUAAAUCCUUUAUAUCAACAGUGUGAACUCGAUCUCGUAGUUUUUCCCUUACGAAGAGUCGCAGAAAUUUAAAAGGAGCCCGAAACCAUAAUGGGGCUUUAACAAUCAAUAUCUUUUUUAAUCGAGCAGGAAAGGAGCCCUAACAAAGUAUAAAAUAUAUUCAUACAAUAAUGCUAAAUAUAUAAGUGGGCCUAAGCAGUUUCCAAGAAUCACUUAUACCCCAGGAAUAAUUCUAUAUAAAUGCAUAUGUGCUAAUUCUUCGAAACGAACUCCUGAAUACCACAAUUUAUAUUUGUUAUACAAACCUUUAAAAUCAUUAAUAUCUUGACGCUUAAAUCGUAAUCGAAAUUUGGAAAUUUCGCUGAAGUCAUAUCAUAUAUGAAAAUAAGACCGUUUCGUUGAGCGUCCAAAGAUCGCAUGGCAGCGUCUAACUGAUAAACUAAUGCAUGAAUGACUGCCGUUCUGGUUGUUUCUUUCGGAUAAUGUAGGCGAGCCGUAAAUAAACCAACUACAGAACCGUCUUCACUUCUUUCAGGCUUAAUUGUUAAAGAGAAAAGGAAGUUAAAUGAUAUUAUAAAAAAAAAUUAUUGGAUAUUAUAAAGAAUAUAUUAACACAUAAAUUUGACCAAAUAAUAUUAUUUUUUAUAUU